GCAUCAAUGCAUCAUUUUUCAUAGAAACCCAUAUGCAAUAUGAGAAAGAUAUCUACCGGUUCCAAAAUACGGAGGCGCGGCAGGAUGGCAAGAUCACGCGCCAUGAUUCUAGCUUGGGCCCGCAAGCAAAAACAGAAAAACUUGUGUCAUCCAGUUUCUAUCCCCUUGAGAGUUCCUUUAGUGUGUCCCCUGAUCGGUUGUAAUGGCACCGGACACGUGAAUGGUAUCGAUCUGGCACAUGUGACAUUAUCCGGGUGUCCAAACUACCACAAUCUACCCUUUGAAAAGUGGGCUGAAAUGCGCGCUCGAGAGGACGGUUUCGUUUCUCCUGUUCAGCUGCACUCGCGGGAUCCUAGCCCUAUAGGCUCUCCUAACAAGACGGCUAAGUGUGUUCACUCGGUCGAACGGUCACAUCAGUUUCGAACAUUGAUGAAGGAACCUUCUCUUGAUGAACUUGCAACACCAGUGGAAAUAUAUCAGUUCCGAUGUUCGCAACAGAGGUUGCUGGUAGACAAGGAGCACGAAGCAAAGGAGCAUCUUAUUUUGUGCGCUCGAAUUGCAUCAUUGAGAUCCACCGCUUCCGGUAACCGUGGACUCGAUGGCUCACGCACACAACCAUAUAAAUCCAGUCACAACCACAAGUCCCAUUCGGUGGAGCACACUGGAGCUGCGCUGAAGCAGCGCAUUUCCUCUGUGAUUUUUGGCGACUGGCAAAUUGAACCCACUUACCUGAGCGACUAUCCACCAGACAUUGCUUGUUUACCGACUAUCUACGUAUGUGAAUACUGCCUGGCGCCGAUGCCCUUCAGUAUCACCUAUGAGAGACAUCGAAACGAAUGUACUUGGCGAUCUCCUCCUGGAAAACUGAUAUAUCAGAAAGAUAAACUUAUUUUCUACGAAGUUGACGGGGAACAAGAUCCGGACUAUUGUCGUAACCUUUGUCUUUUGACAAAACUAUUCUUGAAACACAAGACAGUGCAUGAACUGGAUCAAGUACCAUCGUUUCUCUUUUACAUUUUGACGGAAACAGAUGCAGACGGGUCACAUAUACUCGGGUACUUUUCCAAACAAAAGCCCGAGGACUCUCAUGACACCAGCUCCUCAACCACGGUCAGCUACAACAAUCUCUCAUGCAUCCUUAUAUUACCACCGUACCAGUGCCACGGAUACGGACGCAUGCUAAUCGAGCUGAGUUACACUCUGAGUCUAAUGGAGAAUCGCAUCGGUACUCCCGAACGGCCUCUGUCAGACCCUGGCCUAAUUUUGUAUCCUUGUCGAAUGACAAUCGUUGGCUAUGAGCGAUUGCCAAAUGCCCGGAAUGUUGCAAAUACAACUCGCCCGGUUCCAAUUGCACUCCCAAAUUCCAGCACACAGUCCUCUUUCAAAACGAUGAGCAUCUAA